UCGUCCUCCAUGCCAUCCUCCAUGUUGAAUGUUUAGGGUCUUUCGGGGACCAGUUAAAGAUGGUAUCUCUGGUGAAUAUAUGAUAAAUUACAUCCAAAAUGUCCUCGUCAUCACAGGACUUCCAAUUCUUGGAUUUGACUGGGGUGUGUGAAGAUGAAAGGCAACAUCUUCUGUCACUUUUCACUUGUGACAACCCUGCCGUCCUCGUGCUGGCUCCUGAUGCUCCUCCAGGUGGCCGCAAGUAUGGAGGUGUGGAGGAAUCUAUACAAACUUCACCCACCCCAACACCACCUCCUCCAUUGGUGCUUCAGGUCAAAGAGGAAGAGGAGGAGCCUCUAACUCAUGAUGAACACAUCGCUUCUAAUUCCUCCCAAGAGGAGCUUGCUGGACCAGUUGCCUUUCUCCCUGAUGGGGGCUUUGCUGAUGAUGGUAAGGUGAGUGUGAUGGCUGGGUCAACACCACCACCCCAUGCAACUUCUGUCACCAGCACGACCAUCGCAGACACCACCACAACUACCACUGUUGCAUUAGCCACCUCUGAUACUGGAGCAGAGGUGGUGAGCGUGAGAGGCUUCAGCGUACCCCCUCCCAAUGUCGCAGGACAAGGCCAGUUGGGAGUCCAACAGGGUGGACAACAGUCGGGGCAGCAGGUGUAUCAGCCGUACCCAUCAACUUCUCCCAACAAUCCUCCCAUGUACAACCCUCACAUGCCUCCACCACCUCAUCCCCAGCUGCCACCUAGCAAUGUAUAUACUCAAAUUCCCCCACCACCACCACCAGUGUUACCUCAUGGAGCCACUGUUUAUGUAGCCAACUGCCAUGUGAAUUUAUCACCGUACAGUGGUACACAAACCCAGGUACCUGUUCUGACCUCAACUCCCGGACCAUCUCAGUCUCCCCCUGCACCAGCGCUAGUACCGUCAAUUCCAGUUGUGCAAGAGCAACAAGCUGUACAUAUACCCCCAGUUAAACCAAUACACGAGGGAAAGCCAGACUACGUUGACAGGAGGUACGAACCGUUUCGGGUAAACCACAGGGGCCGUGGACGCGGACGGGGGCGAGGGAAACGUACUAAUGCCGAGAGGAGUAAUUCCGUGUGUAGCGAUCAUUCUGGGUAUGGAGAUAAACAUUAUGCAGAGAAUAUGGGACCACCUCCCUAUGGAGCUAUGCCUGGGCAAUACAUUUAUCCUAAUGUGCAGUACCCAUUGCGAGGAAGUGGCUAUCCCACAUACCCAAAUGUACCAGCAGCACAAACUGUCCAAGGCUUGCCUCUUAUGUACAGUCAGCCUCAGCCGUAUUCUCAGUACAUGCCGUAUCAAGCACACAGCCCAGGCCAUCUUGUCCCAUAUCAACAGCAGCCUGGGCCUCCUGGUGCUCAGCAUCCUGCUGCUCUUCAACACAUGCAUCCUCAGCAUCCACAUCAGUUGCCUCACCAGCCUCCCCCCCACCAACCACCUCACCAUCAUCAGCAGCAACACCCUCAGCAUCAUUAUCACCACCAUCCAGAUCCUCAACAUAUCCAACAUCCUGUCCCUCAGGAUCAUCAGUAUCAUGUGCAGCAACAGCACCCUGAUCAACAGCAGCUGACCAACUUUCCGGAACCUCCCGAAAUUACCAAUUCUGCUGAUUCACAUUCUAAUCAACCAUUUGUGUCUGCUUCACAAACACCAUCUACACAGUAUGAAAAUGCCAAUUCCAUGGGUGUUCAGGCCCCAGCUGUUAACUUAACUCCCUCUGUUACAGCUCCUGAAGCAGGCAGAGUCAGUCCACUGACCACCCAGACUGCUGCCAUGGCCCUAGAAGAUUCUGUGGAACCAACAGUCUCACCCUCUGGCACCCCUGCUGCAAAUCAGGAGGUUCAUCUUUCAGAGGAGCAAGAGAGUGUUCCUCCUGUAAGUGAUGAAUCCAGAUGUGCAUCUACAACCCCAGUUGAGAAACAUCAGGGUAACAGUCCACCACAGAUGCCACCCCAGGUGCAGUCACACAUUCCACAAGUGCAACCACAAGGACCACCUCAGACACAGUCACAAGGAUCACCUCAGGUGCAACCACAAGGACCACCUCAGGUGCAACCACAAGGACCACCUCAGGUGCAGCCACAAGGACCACCUCAGGUGCAGCCACAAGGACCACCUCAAGUGCAGCCACAAGGACCACCUCAGGUGCCACCACAAGGACCACCUCAAGUGCCACCACAAGGACCACCUCAGGUGCCACCACAAGGACCACCUCAGGGGCCACCACAAGGACCACCUCAGGUGCCACCACAAGGACCACCUCAGGUGCCACCACAAGGACCACUUCAGGUGCAGCAAGGACCAUCACAGAGUCAGUCACAGGGACAGCCUCAGGUGCCACCACAGGUAUCACCUCCGGUACAGUCACAUAUACCACCACAAGUACCAGUUCACUUGCAGUCUCCCAUGCUACCACAGGCACCAACCCAGGUACAUACAAACUUACAAUCCCAAGGGCAGCCACAGAUGCCAUCCCAGCAACAAGGAUCACCUCAGAUACAGCAACAAGGACAGCCUCAUGCACAGCUUCCAGCACCACCACAGGUCCAACCACAAGGACCUGUAAAGGUUCAGUCACAAUUGCCACCCCAGGUACAGCAACAAGCAUCACUGCAGCCAGCAGUUGCUGCCAGUCAGCCCAUAGUCAACCAGUCAGUGAUGAACCAACCAAUGUUAAACCAGUCUGCAGCCUGCAGCCAGCCCGUGGUCUACCAGCCUCAGAUCUUAUUUCCACAACUUAAAGGAAAGAAUGAUCAAAAGUCUGCUGUAUCCAUUGCUGUCGACCAUGCAAGUGUGGCAGACAUCACCUUUAUGUCAGAUGAGAUUCAGCCUAAUGUAGAUCCACAAGAAGGUGUGGAUUUUGUAUCUGUUAAAACGUCAACUGUAAUAAAUUCAUCACUUAUUAUCCAGGAUGUUCUCCAGUGUACUGUUCCUUUCACAGUUACAUCAUCCACAAGUGCUGAUAAUACAAUAUCUGGGAAAAGCAGCAAUAGCGUGGUGGCCCCUCAGUCUUUACCAGAAAGUGGUACUGUAAUUGCUAAUGAAGUUAGGGUGGCAACAUCAAAUACUCCAUCAUUGGCCAGUCCUGCUCUUACAGAAGUCAAUAAACCAGGAGUUGUGCCUCAGGUUGUUAACAACGCUAUGCCUGGUGGUGCUUGGGCUCAGAAGAAAAGUUGGUCUCAACUGUUCAAGCCUUGUGAUGAGAGUGCUGCUAAACAAGUAGCGUAUGUGGCACCCUUUAAUCAGGAAUCGGAAAAACCUCGUGAGGAAACUCCUUCACCUUUGGAUGUGGUGGAACAGAAGAUAUCAGAUCCACCCCUUGCUGAGGCUGAUAUGGACAAAGCAAAGAUUGGAGGGAUGCUACGAGAGUAUAUUCAGGACCACCAUCACGUAGCCCUCCAGCCUCGAGGACUCAUCAACAAGGGAUACUGGUGCUAUGUCAAUGCUCCUUUGCAGGCACUCCUGGCUUGCCCACCAUUCUAUAACCUGAUGAGGAAUAUCCCAAAUAUUCCUGGUUUGAAAAAAGGCAAAUCUUCCACACCAGUCAUUGACAGCAUUGUGGAAUAUAUCCACGAGUUUUCUGAUAUGGCACCAAUGCUAAAGCCAGGCAAGAAGGACAAAGCUAAUGCUGCAGCUCGCAAGGAACCAGAUAUUGUGACAGGAUCUCCAUUUGAACCCUCUUAUGUGUACAAGAUGUUAGCCACCAUGAAUGGGGACAUGUUCACUGAUGGCCGUCAGCAAGAUGCCGAGGAGAUGCUGUCAUUUGUUUUGAAUGGGCUGCAUGAGGAGAUGGUAGAAGCAUUGAAGCUGGCCGGUGAAGUCAACCCCCCACCCCCUUCAAGUGACAACUCUGUUAAUGGGUCAGUCAAUGGAGAAAACAAUACGUCUGAUCAUGAAGAGAUGUCUGAUGAUGAAUGGCAGGUGAUGGGUCCUCGGAAACGCUGUGUUGUUACACGUACGGCCACUUUUAGCCCAUCUCCAAUUAGCGAUAUAUUCUGGGGGCAGUUAAGGUCAGUUCUUCACCAGGCUGGUGGUCACACUACUGCCAACCUGCAGCCUUUCACCACAUUGCCACUGGACAUUCAGUCUCCGAAGGUAGAGAGUGUACGCGACGCCCUGGAACAGCUGGUUAGUCGUGAAGAAAUUAUAGAUUAUACUGAUUCAAAGACCAAUCAGGAUGUCACAGUACACAAACAGGUGUUGCUGGAGCAUUUGCCUAAUGUGCUCAUUCUUCAACUAAAACAGUUUAUAUAUAAUGUUGAUGGUGGGCUUCAGAAACUGAUGAAGAAAGUAACUUUCCCCAUUGACUUGGAAAUCACCAAAGAACUGAUGUCAUCAAACAACCGUGGAAAGUUUUCCCAGCAACAGAGGAAGUACAAGUUACUUGCAGUUGUAUAUCAUGAUGGCAAGGAGGCAAACAAAGGCCAUUAUAUAGCAGAUAUAUACCAUGGAGGCUACAACUGUUGGCUGAGGUAUGACGACAGUUUUGUCAAAGUGGUCCAAGAAAAUAAUGUUGUCCGCCCUGUCCCUCCUAGAGUUCCAUACCUCCUCUUUUACCGUCGGGGUGACACCAUGGUGGGACCUUCAACUAAGGCAAAAUCAUGAACACCCUAAGGUACUGGCGAAAAAUCCAAGGACUUUGAUCGAUGUCGUAUGAUUAAGUGAAGAUGUGAAGCUUUUUAACAUGUGCAUAACUGUCUUAUAAUUGCAGGAUAGAAAAUAGGGAACUGGGCACUGAUUGUGCUGGCUUAAACAUAUACUGUAGUGUGAAGUCUUGAGUGCUUCAGUAACUUCACCUCUUGACAGUGUUGACCUCACUCAGUCAGUAGCCAAACUUAAGCAAACCUUGCAAUUAACUUAAAACGGUGUUAAUUGGUGUAAAGAAUAUAACUAGAAAAAGAAAAU